AUGGCCGACAUCAAGACGGGCAUCUUCGCCAAGAACGUGCAGAAGCGAAUCAACCGCGCGCAGGAGAAGGUCCUUCAGAAGCUUGGCAAAGCUGACGAGACAAAAGAUGAACAGUUCGAAGAAUAUGUACAGAACUUCAAACGGCAAGAGGCAGAGGGCACCAGGCUUCAGCGGGAACUCCGAGGAUAUUUAGCAGCGAUCAAAGGCAUGCAAGAAGCCUCGAUGAAGCUCACUGAGUCGCUGCAUGAAGUCUAUGAGCCUGAUUGGUAUGGGCGGGAAGAUGUGAAGAUGGUUGGCGAGAAAUGUGAUGUGCUAUGGGAAGACUUCCAUCAAAAACUAGUAGAUGGGUCCCUGCUGACACUGGAUACCUAUCUGGGUCAAUUUCCUGACAUAAAGAAUCGCAUCGCCAAGCGCAGCAGGAAGCUGGUUGACUAUGACAGUGCCCGUCACCACCUGGAGGCUUUACAGAGCUCCAAGAGGAAGGAUGAGAGUCGAAUCUCUAAGGCAGAAGAGGAAUUUCAGAAAGCACAGAAAGUGUUUGAAGAGUUUAACGUUGACUUGCAAGAGGAGUUACCAUCGUUAUGGUCAAGACGAGUUGGGUUCUAUGUCAAUACCUUCAAAAAUGUCUCUAGCCUUGAGGCCAAAUUCCAUAAGGAAAUUGCCGUGCUUUGCCACAAACUGUAUGAAGUGAUGACAAAACUGGGCGACCAGCAUGCUGACAAGGCCUUCACUAUCCAAGGUGCUCCCAGUGACUCGGGUCCUCUCCGCAUCGCAAAGACACCGUCACCUCCCGAGGAGCCUUCACCCCUCCCGAGCCCGACAGCCAGUCCCAAUCAUACGCUGGCUCCUGCAUCUCCCGCACCAGCACGGCCUCGGUCACCUUCUCAGACGAGGAAAGGACCACCUGUCCCGCCUCUGCCUAAAGUCACCCCGACAAAGGAGCUGCAGCAGGAGAACAUCAUCAGUUUCUUUGAGGACAACUUUGUCCCAGAAAUCAGCGUGACGACGCCUUCCCAGAAUGAAGUCCCUGAGGUGAAGAAGGAGGAGACUCUGUUGGAUCUGGACUUCGAUCCUUUCAAGCCUGACGUAGCCCCUGCAGGCUCUGCUGGAGUGACCCACUCCCCCAUGUCUCAGACACUGCCCUGGGACUUAUGGACGACAAGCACUGAUUUGGUCCAGCCGGCUUCUGAUGGUUCAUUUAAUGGAUUCACCCAGCCCCAGGACACUUCAUUAUUCACAAUGCAGACAGACCAGAAUAUAAUCUGUAACUUGGCUGAGUCUGAACAGGCUCCACCAACAGAGCCGAAAGCAGAGGAGCCCCUGGCCGCAGCACCUGCUGAGGACACCCAGGCUGAGGAGCCAGAGGGGGCAGUGAUCCCACCUGGAACGGAUGCUGAUGUGACGGAUGCUACCUCCGUGCCAGCAGCAGAGGGCGCCCCGGCAGAGGAAGCAGAAAAGGAGAUGGAGGCAGCGCUCCCUGCUGGGGAAGCAGCAAGUUUAGAGGAGCCCAAGAUUGAGACAGAAACUGCAGAAGUCCCAGAGAGUGACAGAUGUCAACCAGAGGAAAAGGAAGCUGCAGCGCCUCAGGAGAAGGUCAUCCCUGCUGUCAUCAUAGAGCCCGCUUCCAACAACGAAGAGGAGGGAGGACACGAAAUAGCGACAGGUGCAGAGCCCAAGGAGGCGACUGAAGACCCGGCUCUCUCAGGCCCCACCAGUGAGAUGCCUGAGCCCGCUGCUGAGCAGAAGGCCCCUGAGGACUCCCAGCCCGAGCCCUCCGCUCCGCCUGCAAGCCAGGCCUCUCAGGAAGUGCCUCCCGGCUUUCUCUACAAGGUGGAAGCACUGCACGAUUUCGAGGCAGCAAAUUCUGAUGAACUUACCUUACAAAGGGGUGACGUGGUGUUGGUGGUCCCCUCCGAUUCGGAAGCUGACCAGGACGCGGGCUGGCUCGUCGGCGUGAAGGAAUUGGACUGGCUCCAGUACAGAGACCUCGCCACCUACAAAGGCCUCUUCCCAGAGAACUUCACCCAGCGCCUGGAGUAG